GGAAAAAAAAAUUAUUCAAGCGCCGCCGAGAAAUCUUUCCUAGCCGGGGUUUGAGCACCGGGGUGGGGAAGAGAAACGACACGAGCGGUCCAUCUGGAUGGAGGCGGUGGUGCGGAAGGUGCAGCAGCGGGUGAGGAAGGUGCGGGAGGAGAUGGAGCGGUGGGACGACCUCAACGCCCGCCUCCUCACCCAGUUCUCCAACGCCGCCAUCAUCAUCGGCCGCCUUCCGGUGCUUGGAGAUGCUAAAAAUUAUGGUGUCCUGCGGUGCGUGCCCAAGAUUAGGGAGGAUCUCCUGGGGAAGCAGAUGGAGAGCCUGGAGCUCAUCUUUGUUUCGAUGAGGGCGACACUGGAGGAGUUCAGUGGCCUUGCCAAAGGUUUCAGCAAGGCGCUGCUUAAUACUAAGCAGAUGGUUAGGGGUGGAUCGGCGCUCACAGCAAAACAGUUGCAGUUACAAGUGGGAAUCUUGCCAACUAUUGCGGACUGCUUGGAUGGACUACAAAAGCUGGCUGACAUGCACCAGGCUGAGUAUGCUGUAAAAUCAUCGAUCAUCUCUUUGUUGACAUGGAAGAGCAGUUCAAGUGACCUUGCUGCAAUGCGUCAACUCAUUGUAGACCAACCAAACAUACCAAAAGAUGAAGUGCAAUCUAUUUUCGACAUUAUAUUUGCAGAUGAAAUUUGUUAAAUGCAGUCAUGUUGAAGCCACUUUUUUUUGUUCUACCUGCCUAUUGAGGCAAAGCAUGAAGGCCGCCACACUUUCAGGUUUAAUGAGCCCAAUUGCUGUAGCACCAUGAGGAAGCUGGAAUUUAUUUACAGAACCAUCUUAGCUUGUAAAACCUGCAAGUAGGCCCAGAGUGGGUUUCA